GGGGAAGGCCUGGGCUGGGAGUGGGACACGGGAUGGGCGUGGUGGCGCAUGCCUGGGCCGGGCGCUGCCAGAAGCCAAGGAGCCCUCAGUGACUGUGGGAUCCAAGACAUUAUAUCGCUGUCCCCACCGAGCCAGGGAAGUGCCAACACCAGCUCAGACAAGGACGGAACCGCUGAACUCCAGGUUGCUUGCCUGGGAGUAGGAGAAAUCCACCUGCUGGGGGCUGAGCGUGGCCUGAGGGACAGGCCCUGGGUCCAGGGAUGCCCCUGCCUGAGCCCAGCGAGCAGGAGGGUGAGAGUGUGAAGGCUGGCCAGGAGCCAUCCCCCGAGCCAGGCACCGAAGUCGUCCCGGCAGCCCCCAGGAAGCCCAGAAAGUUCUCCAAACUGGUCCUGCUCACAGCCUCCAAAGACAGCACCAAGGUGGCGGGGGCCAAACGCAAGGGCGUGCACUGCGUCAUGUCCCUGGGGGUGCCCGGCCCUGCCACCCUUGCCAAGGCCCUCCUCCAGAUCCACCCCGAGGCCCAGCGGGCCAUUGAGGCAGCCCCUCAAGAGCCUGAGCAGAAACGCAGCAGGCAGGACCCAGGCGCAGAUAGAACAGAAGACAGUGCAUUAGCAGCGGGGCCUCCUGAGGCUGCUGGGGAGAACUCCGCCCCCUGCCCUGUGGCACCUGGCAAGUCCCUGUAACGUUGACGACAGCGCAUCCUCCCAGGCC